AUGGCCAGCUUAGUAGACAUAAUGCAAGAUUGUCGUCUCUAUAUGAGGCCCUUCCAAAGACAUCUUCUCCGCUACUACAGCCCCGGAGUAGACUCACUGCAUUCUCGGAUUCCCUUGCCACUGACUAUCCGUCGCAGUUUAGCGCCCUGGACUCGCCCAGCAUUCGUGGCUCAGGGCAAGCCACUACAGACUCCCCUCCCGUCAGCCUCAGUGACCACCGACGCCUCGCUCUCCGGUUGGGGAGGCCACUGCGAGGGGGAGAUGGUGUCCGGAGAUUGGGCUUAUCCAGGCGCCCUCCCUCACAUCAAUGUGUUGGAGAUGCAAGCGGUGUCCAACGCACUUCGCCACUUUCAGCACAAGCUAAUCGGGCGGACAGUGCUGGUCCGCACGGACAACAGGUCUGUGGCAGCCUACAUAAACAGGCAAGGGGGCACACGGUCGAAUUCUCUUGACGCGUUGGCUGCGGGUCUCUGGAAGUGGUGUCGUGCAACAAAGAUUGUCCCGAUUGCCUCGUACAUACCGGGCAGGGACAACCUCAUAGCCGACUUCCUCUCUCGGGGGCGCUGCCUCCCCUCCGAGUGGGCACUAAACCCAGAGAUCUUCAGGUCGAUUCUCCACCGCUGGGGACCGCUGGACAUCGACCUGUUCGCAACAGCGCUGAAUCGGAAGCUCCCAGUCUUCUGCUCUCGAGUAAACGAGAUGGAAGCGUCACAUCUCGAUGCUUUCUCAAUGAACUGGGGACAUCAGAGGUGCUAUGCCUUCCCGCCUUUCUCCCUGAUCCCGCAGGUCCUCCGGAAGGUGAAGGCGGACAGGGCGUGGGUACUUCUCAUAGCACCCAACUGGCCGGGAAGGGCGUGGUUCCCCCAACUACUGGAAUUAUUAGUGGGGGAUCCUCUCACUCUACCUCCGACAAGUCAGUUAGUUUCCCAGCCCCUCUCGGGAAUCAGGCAUCCGCGGCCGGAGUCACUACACUUGACUGCGUGGCCGCUCUCGGGGAGGAUGCCCGGGCCCUAG